CGGGGCGGCGCGGAGGCCAUCUUGGCGCGGGACACACGCUCCUCAGGUCUUCCUCGUCCACCGUAAGCCGGAUCCCCUCGCGGGACCCCCGACCCCGAUCUGCGUGUGCAGCUUCCGCGCAGGCGCUGACUUGGAGCAGAGCUUAUCUGUGAGUUGGAGACCUUCCCCAGACCUUGCAGUCACAAUCCCUUUUCUGUUCAUCAUGCUGUCCGUAACCACAGCAUACAGAAUCCAUCCAGCCUUCGAAACGUGUAUUGCUGUUACUGUGUUGACUCGUCCCAGCAUCCUUGGACAUUGUGCACCGUACUUGAGGGAAAAUGAUGGAAGAAAGCGGAAUCGAGACGACUCCCCCUGGAACUCCUCCCCCGCAUUCUGCAGGCUUGGCUGCCGUGCCCUCCACUGAGGCUCACUUAGCUGUAACCAGUUCCUUCUCAUCUCCCAACACGUCCGGGAUGGAGACUGUGCCGCCACACUCGCAUUCCACACCUCAGCCCUCCCUGCCUCCUGUGCAGCCAUCAGCGCCACCUCCUUUUGUGCCGUUGUCUCCAGCUCCUUCCACUCCCCUGAGUGGCACUUCUGUGCCACCCUCCGUGUCUCCAUCGCCUGCCACUGCCUUCAGCGGUCCUCCAUUGUCCCACUUCCCACCUGCAACCUCCGCCUCGGGGGCUCUUCUGUCUGCACCGCCUUCAGGGCCUCCGAUAUCCGGAUUUUCAGUCGGUACAACAUACGACAUCACCAGGGGACAUGCCGGGAGAGCUCCCCAGACACCUUUGAUGCCAUCAUUUUCUGCACCUCCAGUUACAGGUAUUUUGCCAGCCCCCAUUACUCAGCAAGCCAGUAUGACAUCGCUGGCACAGGGACCUGGAACCACAUCAGCCAUUACUUUCCCAGAGGAGCAAGAAGAUCCUAGAAUUAGCAGAGGCCAGGAUGACGCACCUGCUGGAGGGAUCUGGGGUUUUAUUAAGGGCGUGGCUGGGAAUCCCAUGGUGAAAUCUGUCCUGGAUAAGACCAAGCAUUCUGUAGAAAGCAUGAUCACGACGCUGGAUCCCGGCAUGGCUCCGUAUAUCAAAUCUGGAGGCGAACUGGAUAUUGUUGUAACCUCAAAUAAAGAAGUGAAAGUGGCUGCUGUCCGAGAUGCCUUCCAGGAGGUCUUCGGCCUAGCUGUGGUUGUCGGGGAGGCUGGACAGUCCAAUAUCGCCCCACAGCCCGUAGGGUAUGCAGCUGGAUUAAAGGGGGCCCAGGAACGCAUCGACAGCCUGCGGAGGUCUGGAACGAUCCAUGAAAAGCAGACCGCGGUGUCGGUGGAAAACUUCAUUGCUGAGCUGCUGCCUGACAAGUGGUUUGACAUCGGCUGCUUGGUGGUUGAAGACCCCGUGCAUGGCAUCCGCCUGGAAGCCUUUACCCAAGCCACACCGGUGCCUCUGGAGUUUGUACAGCAGGCACAAAGCCUGACUCCCCAGGACUACAAUCUGAGGUGGUCAGGCCUUCUGGUAACCGUGGGUGAAGUCCUGGAAAAGAGCUUGCUAAACGUCACCCGGACUGAUUGGCACCUGGCUUUCACUGGCAUGUCUCGCCGCCAGAUGAUCUACAGUGCAGCCAAGGCUUUGGCGGGCAUGUAUAAGCAGCGCCUGCCACCCAGGCCCCUGUGAGACCAGCUGCUGGGACACGGAGACUUGCCGUUGUCACCCUGGGCUCCAGGUCAGAGGAAACUGAAUAGCUUCCGUGAAUCCAACAGUUUUUACAUUUGUCCUAUAGGCUGCAGUCCUUAAAAAAAAUUUUUUUUUUUAAAUAAAGGUACAAUGUCAUUCCAGUAAAACAAAGAAAUAGAUCCUCUUUUUACUGUCAUAAUUUUAUAUAUCCUGGUUCUCAAAAAACAUACACAAAUAUAUUUACAGCACUAUUCAGUAUACCUAAUUUGUAAAGUGGAGAUCUAAGUUCACGUAUUUGAUGAUUUGUUCUUGACUCUUCUGGUUUCUUAAUAUGUGAUGGGGUCUGUGUGUGUUCAGUGUCUCGUGAAGGCUGUCUCCUGUCAUCUGUGUCUGCACAUGCCUCAGCCAUGCUCAGCAGCGGACCUCACAUGCUUCCUGAGGUGGGGGUGCAGCUUGACGUGUUUUACAGAAUUUGGGCCAAAUUAACAGAAUGGGUAUUUUUUGUCAUCAUAUACCUGUAUAGUUUGGAAGUUAUACUUGUUUCUCUUUUGUUUUAAAGUUUGCUAUUUUACAGAUUUGUAUUAUGAGCAUCAGAAAAUAAUGUUUUAUUUUUUCAUUACUAUCUAAAAACUAAAGGGCAGAUCAAGUAUACCUUAGCAAUGUAUUCGUGUUUUAAAUUUUUUAUUUUAUUUUGUAUGUUGGUGUUUGCUUGCCUGUGCGGCUGUGUACCACGCAUGUGCAGUGCCCAAGGAGACCAGGAGCUCUUGCCCAAGGAGAGCUCUGGACUGGGGUCACAGAGGGCUGUGAGCUGCCCUGCGGGUGCUGGGAGGAGCUUGACUGCUUUAGAAGAGCUGUCUGUGUUCUCACCCACUGACCGGCUCUCCAGCACUCUCUCCCCCAUGUUACUUACAUAAUGGCCUUAGCACUUCCACAGGUCAGCGCUCACAACAGCUGUUCUGCAUCCAUUUGCCCUCCAAGCUGGAAGAGGGACCCCCUCUUUGGGGAUGGUAUGCAUUUUCUUCAAUUAAAGUUACUUCUUUUUGAUUAUUUGAGAAUCUCAUCAAUGUUUUCUGAUAAGUUUGCCUCCCACCCCUCCUUUAACUCUUUCUUUCCCACCGUGUGCUCCCGUUCCUGUCUUACUUUAUUUUCCCCACCCCACCAAGUCCGAUUUGUAUUGUCCAGAUAAAUGUGAGGCGCCACCCUCAGAGAACCUUGACUGUCCCUUCCUCAGAAGCCACAAACUGCCAGUAACUCCCCAACUGUGUGCUUUGGGGGCUCAGGGGAUGUGUGCCCAUCCGUGCUGGGAUGUUAUCUGGCUGGGAUGUGUAGAUUCGAGGUUAUUUCUUAGUCUGCCUUAUGCAGUCUGAUGUUCCUAACUGUGCCCCUUUGCCUUUAUUUCUUAGAGAUGUUUUCAAUGGGAAGAUUUUAUAUUCAAUGUUGUUUAUUUAAUCCAUUGCAGUUGGUGAAUGCCUUUUCCUCCUAGACACCCUGUAUUAUACCAUUUGGGGAUUAAGUCAAAGUUAAGUAUAUUUUUUUCUUACUUGAGCUCUAUAUAUGCAAUUCAGAUAUCUUUCUGAUGACAGUUUUAUAUGUAAAUGUAAUUUAACUUUCUUUCCGUGUUGACGAAGUUCUGUAGGUGUUAGGGUUAGAAGUCUCAGCACUCACUUCUCUCACUGGAUGUGCAGUGUGCCUGCCAUGGCGCACGGCUUCUCAGUAAUGAUGCCAUCUCUGCUACUUUUACAGAAGGAGAAGUUUACUUUUGAGGUGGGUAUGUGUUGAUAUCUAAACACUGUGUGUGUUGCUUGCUUAGAUAGGCAAGACACACUGCUGUGCGUGGCUCCUGUGGUGCACCUAGCCCAGGGGAACGUAGCCUCAGUACUUCCGCUGGCUUCUUCAUGCCUAAGAAGCAGGGGCCUUUCUUGUUUGCUGGGCUCUGGCUUUAAAAGUUGUCCUUUGGGUCUGGAGAUGUAGCUCUGUGACAGAACACCAGCUAAUGUCAGGUCCUGCGGUCAGUCUCUGGUACACACAAGCGCACACUCACAUGAUGGGGGGAUGAAAGGCUGUCCUUGUGUAACAGUAUUCGAUGGGGCGUUGCCUGGAUGACGAUGUUUAUGUACUCUGAAGGCAGAUCCUGAAGGCACCCUGUUCUUCCCUUCCUUGUGUAACUGAGUCUGCACUAGCUUAGCCACUGUUUUAGAGGCCAUCCUAGUGGGCGAACAGGAGGCAUCGCACUGGGUGAUGGUUUGCCUUCAGUCCUCAAGUAACAGCGGCCGACUUAUGCGAUGGCUUGUUUGAAAUCAAAUAUUACCAGUUGCCUAGUCUGCCUUCUGUGAGAAGGGGAGAAGGAAGGGUGAAGGGUGGAUGGAAGCCUUUGGGAACUAGUCUGAUCUCUCAUGGUCUCUCUGAGACAGUUUCCUCUAGCCGAGGGUUGGAAGUUGUCAGGGCAGGGCUGACUGCACAGGCUUUUCUUCUGUCAUCCUCGGGUUCUGCUAAAUCAGAAGAGCAAGUGCUGAUUGUCUCUCCUGUGGCUCACCCAGGAGUCGGUGGUGGCGCCUAGGCCUGGCCAGCCAGCCCAACAGCCUCGUUUCCUCCCUUCUGUCCUGUGUACUUUUCUCUUUCUACGUGUCUUUGUGUAGCGUCCACACUGACGGUUUUAGACUUUGUGGGUGGCUUUGCCUUUUUCAAGCCUUUCAGGAAAAAUCAUGUGACUGUUUGUCACCAUUGCCAUGGUUGGUUGUAGUGUUUUUUGUGACAUUUUUGUUUCUCGUUUUGAACUCCAGAUUAUUGGGUUUUUGUUUUAAUUUAUUUUUGUCAGAGGAAAAAUAAUUUAACAUCCAUCUCACAGGCUUGCUUGACUGUUCAGUUCCAAGGUCCUGCUCACUUUUUCUUGUCUUGCCUCUGCUCUGGCUUUCUUCAUGAUAGUGCUGGACGUGGAGCUGAGAGUCUUGUUUACUCUAGGCAAGCCCUCUACCUGAAGCCAGAGCCCAGCACUCCGUACCACCACAGACUUCUGAAGCUGGCAAAGUUUUAGAAGCUGGGAGUUUUCUGAUUCUCUCAUUAUUAAGUUUCUCCUCAGUCUUUAGAUAGAGGUAAAUGUGGGCUUGUAAGAAAAGAAACGAAAGCACGUAAUGUACACCUAUUCUGAAUUAUGCAAAUUAGCUCUUACUCAGGGUCAACUAAAUUACUUCAACUCGCCCUUUAGUUUACUCUUAAUUUGCAAAAAGAGAAAAAAGAAGGAAAACUAAAUAGGACUAUGAUUUGGGGAGCCAAAUUGAUAAUCUGAUGUAAAAGUUGCUGUGUUAAACAUAAAUUAUUAAGUGUAGACUUUUUUCCUAGGAUAUUGUAUUCAUUUUGUGAUAUCGCCUAGAAUGAUGUAUUAGAUAAAAAUCAAUUUUGUAAGUAUGUAAAUAUGUCAUAAAUAAAUACUUUGACUUAUUUCUCA